AGGCGCUGAGGUGUCUGACUGUGGUCAGUACCUCAUCAUCACCACACAGCAAGAUUGUCGUGACAAUCUCCUGUAUUAUGCACCUUUGCCUGAGCACGUCAACAGCAAAAUAGAUCUCACCUGUAUUAUAGACACCUUUGAGGCUGACUAUGAGUACAUCACAAACAAUGGAUCAGUUUGUGUGUUCAGAACCAACAAGGGGGCACCCAACUACCGCCUCGUGAAGAUUGAUCUGAGCGAUCCUGCACCAGAGAAGUGGGUGACCCUUGUGCCUGAACACAAGAAGGAUGUCCUCGACUGGGCUGCAUGUGUCCACAACGAUAAACUAGUUAUAUGCUAUAUUUCUGAUGUCAAGAGUGUUUUGCAAUUACACAGUUUAGCAAAUGGUGACCACCUUACAACUUUACCACUCGAGAUUGGCACUGUCAGUGGUUAUUCUGGGAAACGCACUCAUUCAGAAAUGUUCUACCAGUUCACAUCCUUCCUCUCCCCUGGUAUCAUCUAUCACCUUGAUCUAACUCAGGAACCACUGACUCCAAAGGUCUUUAGAGAAAUAAAGAUUGAAGGUUUCAACCCUGCUCAAUUUGAAAUGAAACAGGUGUUCUACCCAAGCAAGGAUGGUACCAAAAUCCCCAUGUUCAUAGUCCAUGGUAAAGACAUGAAUAUGGAUGGUACUGCACCAACUCUACUCUAUGGAUAUGGAGGGUUCAAUAUCAGCAUCCAGCCAUACUUCAGUGUCUCUAGAGUCAUCUUCAUGCAGCUCUCCAAGGGGAUCUUGGCUAUACCCAAUAUUAGAGGUGGUGGGGAAUAUGGAGAAGCCUGGCAUAAUGCUGGAAGAUUGUUCAACAAGCAGAAUGUGUUUGAUGACUUCCAAGCAGCUGCUGAGUAUAUGAUCAGCGAGGGAUACACAUCAAACCGUCGCAUCAUCAUACAGGGUGGAUCUAACGGGGGCUUGCUUGUGGGGGCUUGCAUAAACCAGAGACCAGACCUAUUUGGGGCUGCCAUUGCUCAGGUUGGGGUGAUGGAUAUGCUUCGAUUCCACAAGUUCACCAUUGGAUAUGCCUGGUGCUCAGACUUUGGAAAUCCUGAUGAGAAAGAGCACUUUGAGAACAUCAUCAAGUACUCUCCACUUCACAAUGUUCAAACCCCACCAGAGGGUGUGCAGGUGAGAUAA